AAAACAUUCAUUUGGAGGGGAAUUUGACUUCUGCAGACGAGCAACAGAACGGCGAUGGGAAGAUCAGCUUUGAUUCACUUGAUUCGCUCCCAAUCUCGGCGUCUCUCUUCCUCGACCUUCAAUACAGGAUAUCAUCGGUCGAUAGCAGGGACAUGGUCAUCAUCAUCAUCAUCAGUGAUCCCUAAGGCCAGUUUCCCUAAGUUUCCAUCCCUUAACCAGAGAAGCUGGGCAUCAUCUGGAGCAAAGACUAGAGAAGAUGAUGAUGAGCACAAGAUCAGCAUCGGUCCCCAAGAGAAGAAAGAAGAAGGAGGAGAAGGAGGAGGUGUGGUUUACUAUGGCCCAAUCUCAUCAACCAUAAAGAAUGUGAAACUCCUCUCACUCUCCACUUGCUGUCUCUCUGUUUCCCUUGGCCCAGUCAUCACUUUCAUGACUUCACCGGGUUUGAACGUGAUCAUGAAAGGUGCUGUUGCCUCCACGGUGAUCUUCCUCAGCGCAUUCACAACCGCUGCUCUCCACUGGUUCGUUAGCCCCUACGUGCACAAGCUGAGGUGGCAGCCUGGUUCAGACACCUUUGAGGUCGAGAUGAUGACUUGGCUUGCCACAUUCACACCAAAGACACUGAAAUUCUCUGACAUACGUUAUCCAGACACGCAAAGGCCUUAUGUGAGCUUCAAGGCUGAUGGGAAUUACUACUUUGUGGAUGCAGAUCAUUGUCCCAACAAGGCAUUGUUGGCCAGGCUUACUCCUCCAAAGGAUGCACAUGACUCUGCUUUCAAGAACUUGUGAUUUAACUUCCAUUUUCCUGUUCUUUAUCAUACUUUACUGGGUUUGUAGCUCUUUUGGAUCCUUGGACCUCUCUUACUCGUCGCUAGUACCCGAAAUUGCCAAAUAAGAAAAGAGUUUUAAAAU